GCCAACCUGCUAGAAAUGGAAAAAUCGUAGUUUUUGGCUAUAAAAAACGUACUAAGUUGGCAUCCCUGUUUCAAUACAAAAAAAAAAAACGCGCGGUGAGUUUUUAAAAAUUUACGAUUUUUAGUUGACAAUAUGGUUGUCAAGUUGGCAUCCCUACUGCAAUUGUUUCAAUUCAAAAAGUGCUGUGAAAAUGGGAAGACAUCGUACUCCAGAUCAAGAGGCUUUUAUCGUGAAUUUUAUGACGGCCCAUCCCGACAAAGCCAAGGGCUAUGUCAAAGGUGAUAAAGUCCUUGUGGCGAAGGAUUGGGACGAGAUUUGCGGCGGCCUUAAUGGCAUGGGUCCACCAACAAAAAGCGUCGAAGAGUGGCGCCCAGUUUGGAAAGACUGGAAGGCUGCCAUCAGAGGAAAGUUGGCCAAAAAUAAGGGAGAGACGAGAGCUACCGAUGGCAGCUCUUGCAAGAUAGAGCCGCUGGUAGAGGGCAUCACCACCAAAGCCAUCAAAAAGGGCUCGCUUCAGCAGCGACGGCCACAAUAGAACGCCAGACGACGGUGAAGUAAUGGAGCAGAAUGCCAUUUUUAGGCAUAUGGUGGAUGAGCUCCGGGAGCUCAACAAGGGCAGCCAGGAAAUGUAGCAAAUUUUAUUGGAGUCUAUGAAGCAGCAGCUCGAAGAGAAAAAGAUUUGUAGCUAAAAUGGACGACAAAAAAAAUUGAUGUGAAAAAUAUUGCAUUUUUGAUUGGAGUCUAUGAAGCAGCAGCUCGAAGAGAAAAAGAUUUAUAGCUAAAAUGGACGACAAAAAAAAUUGAUGUGAAAAAUAUUGAAUUUUUGAUUUUUAUUAGUGUAUGGUGUAGAAUAUUGUAAAACUUUAUUGAUUUAAUAAGAAUUGUUGGGCUAUGCACUUUGAAACAAGA